AUCGACGCAGUUUGACGCUUCGGGGGUGGCGGUACUACGGGGAGAGAACGACGGAGCGGAGAGUCAUUCAGGGUUAAAAUAUUCCGCCUUGGGGGGUGGGGGAGGACAUACUUCACUGCCAACCCAGUGACAAGGUUGGGUCUGCGGUGCCUGCAACCCAGGAAAACAUGGAGCUCGAGAAUAUCGUGGCCAACACAGUCCUGUUGAAAGCAAGAGAAGGAGGUGGUGGAAACAGAAAAGGAAAGAGCAAGAAAUGGAAACAGAUGCUUCAGUUCCCCCACAUCAGCCUGUGUGAGGAGCUCCGGCAAACUACAGAGAAAUACUACAACAGCCUAUGUGAGCGGCAGCCAAUCGGACGCAUGCUCUUUCGCCAGUUCUGUGAAACCCGGGUUGAGCUGAGGCGCUGUGUCAAAUUCCUGGACACUGUGGCAGAGUAUGAGGUCAGUCCAGAUGAGAAGAGGAGGGACUGUGCUCAGGAGCUCCUAGACAAGUACUUCAGCCCAAAGUCAGAGGAUCAUGUCCCCGAGUUGGGGGAGGAAAUGAUGGGUCAGUUUACAGAGAGACUGGAGCAGGAGCAGGAGCCCUGUAAAGAACUCUUCAACGAGUGCACCAAACUGAUCCAUGACUACCUGAGUGUGGCUCCCUUCGCAGACUACCUCGACAGCAUGUACUAUAACCGAUUCCUGCAGUGGAAGUGGCUGGAGAGGCAGCCAGUCACCAAGAACACAUUCCGACAGUACAGGGUAUUAGGAAAGGGAGGCUUUGGUGAGGUGUGUGCUUGCCAGGUGCGAGCCACAGGAAAGAUGUAUGCGUGUAAGAAGUUGGAGAAGAAGAGGAUUAAGAAGAGGAAAGGAGAGUCCAUGGCCUUGAACGAGAAGCAGAUUUUAGAGAAAGUCAACAGUAGGUUUGUAGUGAGUCUAGCGUACGCCUAUGAGACGAAGGAUGCUCUGUGUCUGGUGCUCACCCUGAUGAACGGAGGAGACCUCAAGUUCCACAUCUACCACAUGGGAGACGCCGGCUUCGAGGAGAAUAGGGCUGUGUUCUACUCUGCCGAGCUGGCCUGUGGCCUUGAGGACCUGCACAGAGAGAGGAUCGUAUACAGGGACCUGAAGCCUGAGAACAUACUAUUGGACGACCAUGGCCAUAUCCGGAUAUCAGACCUGGGCUUGGCUGUCCACGUGCCCGAGGGAGAGACUAUCAAGGGUCGGGUUGGCACCGUUGGGUACAUGGCUCCGGAGGUGGUUAAGAAUGAGCGCUACACAUUCAGCCCAGACUGGUGGGCGCUAGGCUGUCUGCUGUAUGAGAUGAUCGAGGGACAGUCUCCCUUCCAGCAGCGCAAGAAGAAGAUUAAACGUGAGGACGUGGAGAGGCUGGUCAGAGACGUGGAGGAGGAGUACUCAGACAAGUUCUCAGAGGACACCAAGUCCCUCUGCAAAAUGCUGCUGGCCAAAGAGCCCAGUGAGAGGCUGGGCUGCCAGGGGGAGGGUGCUACGGAGGUGAAGGCCCACCACAUCUUCCGAUCCAUCAACUUUAAAAGGCUGAAGGCUGGCAGGCUGAAGGCCCCCUUCACCCCUGAUCCCCAGGCCAUUUACUGUAAGGACGUACUGGACAUCGAGCAGUUCUCCACGGUCAAGGGGGUGGAGUUGGAGCCCAAAGAUGAUUCCUUCUACUGUAAAGUGUCCACAGGCAGCGUGUCCAUCCCCUGGCAGAUGGAGAUGAUCGAGUCUGAGUGCUUUCAGGAGCUCAAUGUGUUUCACACAGACGGGACAGUUCCCCCGGACCUGGACUGGAGAGGACAGCCCUCGCCACCACCUAAACAAGGGCUGCUGCAGAGGCUCUUUGGGAGACAGGACUGUUGUGGGAACUGCAGCGACAGUGACGAGGAGCCCACCAGGCUGUGACUGAGCUCCCUCCAACCAAUUACACCAAGGAUCUCAUUUGUUUACAAAUUUUGCACAUUUGUAUCUUUAAGAUAGUUCUAUAUAAAUAUUGGAAUGUAUAUUUUCAGUAUAUAGCCAUAAAGUCCAUGUCAUUUAAAUGUAAUCAUUAUUCAGAACCCAUCAUAGGAGGCAACAACAGGUAAGCCUAACACUGCUGUGGUCACCCCCCCCCCCCCCCCACAUCUGUUGAUAGUGUUGUCAGCUUUUCUUUCUCUUUUAAAAAGUGUUGACCGUGCUCGGACUGCUAAGUGUUUCUGGGGGAUGAAUGAAAAGUGUACGUCCACAACUAUUUUUAUAUUUAUAUUUUAUUUUUAUUUACUUCAUGUAAUUCUAGGCAAUCAAAUUAGGAAUGUUGUGUGAACUGUAGGCUUAAAGGAAAUUGAAGACUAAGGUGAACUUUUGGUAUGAGGUGAUACAUUAUGUACAUUCUAGGGUUCAAUCUAGAGACACUUGAUAUAAACCAAAUAGAUAUGACUAAACACUGCAUAUGUAAGUGCAAACAAGUGUAUAAUUUGUGACACUCGCGUCCGAAGUGUGUCUUCCAAUGAAUCUGAGUUUAGGUAGAAAGCAUGUUAGUUCCCAACCAUAUUAUGAGCUAGAGAAGUAAAUUGACAAAAAAAAACUGCAUUGUAAUACAGUAAUUCAGUUGUAAGAAAUUACCUUUUUCGUAAGACGUGGAUAGCCGAGAAUGGCCUGGAGUUUCCUCUACCAUGACACGUUUGUCACGGAGCACUUGAGUUUAAUUAAGCGAUGCACUUAUGACCAAACCGGUUUGUUUUCAUCCUCCAAAUAUUUUUUAUGGUUAAUUCCUUCCCAUUCAAGGUUCCUUUGAUUAGUUUAUGGUACUCUAUAUAAUUACCAUUAUUUUAUCAAAUCUAACAAAGCUGUCUAGUAGGUUGAGACCAUGCUGCGUCUCUCUCUCCCUCCCUCUGCUGUACCUCAUGUGUUCCUCUUCAUCGUGUAACUCAGUGGGAUUCUCCUUGUAAAUGUGGGACUAUAAUAGGACUGAGGGACUGAGCUCCCUGACAGACUAUGGGACUAUGGUAUCACCCUCUGAACCCUCCUUACCAGAGACUCUAUCAGACUGAGGAAGAAGGUUCAAAGGGGAGGGGUCACCGAGAGUUCAAACCAUCUCAAUGUAAAGCUCAGCACUCCGAGGAAAAUUGGAAGAGACUCUCAAACUCCUCCUACCAUCCUCGUCUCUCAUUAUCAAAUCAUGUUAUCGUAUGUGAUUCAAAUUAACUUGCCUACAUUCCAGUCUAUACCGUACUGUACAGUGUAAAGUUAUGCUACUUUUGUUUAUUUUACAAUGUUUUUUUUACCGGUGUAAAGUUAUAACAACAAUAACAGUUCCACCAUGAAACUAGAAUAGGACUGAAAGUAAGAUGAGUAUGAUUUCUCUUUACAAUGUGCUCCUGAGCCAAGCUUACACACUGAGAGGGAGGGCUUCUGUCUGUCUCUGCAUCCAUGAAACACCUCUGACACUUUCUUUUUGCAAUGCACUGACGUUUUUUGUGUGUGCACGCAUGUGUCACCAUAACCACUAGACUCUGUACCCACUUGGCACAAACUGGUUAAGUCAACGUAUUGUGACGUGGAAAAUACAUUGGAUUUGAAAAAAGUAGUCAACUGUUGUAAUUUCAACCACAGGAAUAUUUCAUAACCAAUUUUCUAAAUAUGUUGAAUUUAUACCUUUGAAACAACGUAAUAUCCACUAUAAGAAAACAACUGUAAGGGGGGUUCUACUAAGCUAACAUAUGUAAUUGUUUUAAGUUAGCUAAAUGAUCCAUCAUUUGACUAUUUGAUUUGGAAUUUUAGGACCCCUGUAGGUAUCCCGACUUGAUUUUGGCCUUCACCACUAUAGCGCAUUGAGUAACGCAUUCAUACGUGGGAAAACAGACAUAAGGAAUAAGGUUUUGAUGUGUCUGUCCUAUUUAUAGGAGAUAUAAGAAAGCUCAGGAAAUAUUUUUGUUUUUUGAACACACAUUUAACCCCUAUUAUUGUUGGCACAAAACUACCUCCAACCUUCCGUUCAUUUUAUAAAACUGGUACUGGGUUACAUUCAGACCAGUGUGUUUGUUUAGUUUCAUCUUUCCAUAGAGUUGUAAUAUUCGUUAGUAAGCCAAACCGUUCAGACGUUUUUGUAAGAAGACAGAUUUUUUUUUUAGAUGUAUCCUGGUCUGACAAACAGCACCGUAGCUCUGCCAUUUUCUACUGCAGUGGCAGGAGGUCGACAUAGGCGGAUAGAGAUGCAAAAAAACAGAAACUGAUGGAUUUUUUUUGUUUGUUAAUUAGAUUGACGCACUUAAGGAUUUUUUUUUUACCAAGCCCUGCUAAACUUUGAUAUUUGUCAUCAACUGUUACUAAUGUGCUAUUGUGAGAAUGAUUGUUGAUAUAUUCACCGUUAUCAAAGUCAAGGGUAGGUUUAACAGAGCAAAUGAAAUAUGACCAUAUAUCAUCAAUGAUGAUAUUUAGGCCUAUAUAGCAUUUCUAAAGUCAUCAACUGCUAUUGUUUCAAUUCAACACACGAUUCAAGCUUUGGUUGAUUUCAAAUGGAAUCUACAAGUUAGUAAAAUAUAAAGUUGGAUUCAUGUCUCCAUCUCAACCAAAAAUGUAAGUUAAACAAUAACUAAAUUAAAUCAAACUGUAUUUAAAGUGCACUUAAUGUUUCAUCUGAUUUAGCCCUAUUAAUUCAAAUUGUAAGUAUACAUUUGUAGACAAACUGGAAUUAAAGCCAGAUAGUUUCAUCCGUGCCACUAUCUGAGGAUACAUCUCCUUCAUGUCUAUUUUUGGUUGCGUUGACAACCAAGCACAAUUAAAUAUUUUUGCAAUACAGUAAAUAUCCUAUUAACUUGUCGAUCAGUUAACAAAUGAAUUGUGUGAUUCAGGUCUCCAUGUCAACAGAAAAUAGAAGUUAGAGAAUAGAUUUAAGCCAGUGGCUCCGACGGAACUAUACAAGCAGCAGUUAUUUCCUUUAAAUGUGCUUUAAAUUCUCAACGUUGAGCAAAGUGGGUACCCACGUUGGCAAGAACUGGUUAAAUCAAUGUUGUUUCCACGUGAUGUUGAAUUAAUGUGGAAAACUGAGUGGAUUCUUCACCCAACUUUUAUUCUAAAUCCAAUGUCCUGGUGAGAUUUUGUGUGGAAUUCACAUUAGUUGACAACUCAACCAAAUGUAACUCAAAACUAGAUGUUGAACUGAUGUCUGUGCCUAGUGGGUAAGGUACUGCUCAUGAUGAGUGAACAUGC